AUGAGUACUCCAAAGGAAAAGAAGGUCCGGUUGCGAGGUUUACUAGGGAGAUGGUUCUCACCGGGAGAUAAAGCUGAGAAAGAAGAUCUCGAUGAGGUUCAAAUUAGUCAGCCUUAUAAUACAGUCCAUCGAGUCCAUGUUGGCUACGAUGGUCAAAAGUUCAGUGGUCUACCUCAACCAUGGAUGGAUAUAUUGCUCCGAGAUAUUAGCUUAGCAGAUCAAAAGAAGAACCCAAAUGCUGUUGUUACGGCUCUCAAGUUCUAUGCUGCAUCUCUAAAAGUGCAAGAGCAAACGAAGUUUAUGACUACGAAUAGUGUUUAUAAUCAAAGCGAUGAGGAUGUAGAUGAUAUUGAUAUCCAGUUGACUGGGCAAGUUACUGAGCAUCUUCGAACGCUCGACUGCGCAGAUUCGAAUUCCCCAGCUUCAUCUUCGCGCGCAUCAAGUAGUCGCAUACCUAGUUCCGAAAGAUCGGUUCCCUCUCCUGCUCCGAAAGUACCCAAAGAUGAUUCACGGCUACAGAACGCCAUCAACUUAAACAUACCACAACCACCACCAAUCCAUCCUCGUAAUCAAUUACCCAACCCUCCACCUCCACCACCUCAGAGAACGAAGGUUGUGCCAACAGUAUCUGAGAAUGGCGCGCCUGUUCCCGGGGGUCCGAGAAUACCCCCGAAAGUUCCACCUAAGCCAGCGCAUCUAAAAUCCUCCUCGUCUUGCCAUUCCUCAUCCAUAAAUGGCUUCUCGCAUGGAUCUGAGACCAAUUCUAUUGGACAUUCGUUAUCCAAUGGAAGUGUAGCUAGUAAUGCUUCGUAUGAUGCUGAUUCCAUCUCUGUUUCCAAUAAAGAAAAUGCUAGUCAAGUAGUUGCUCAGACAACAGAUAAAAGCUCCUUAGAUUCUGGUGUUGAGGCAGUAAGAGUACGGAGUCAGUCGAAAGAAAAGAUGACAGACGCACAGGUGUUACAAGAACUACGAAUGAUCGUUAACGAUGGUGAUCCUCGCUUGAGGUACGAAAUGAAGAAACAGAUCGGUGUCGGAGCUUCUGGAACUGUUUUUAUUGCCAACAAAAGAGGAACAAAUGAGGUCGUUGCUGUUAAACGGAUGAUUUUCAAAACACAACCCAAAAAGGAGAUGUUGUUGACGGAGAUUAAAGUAAUGAGAGAAUAUGUUCAUCCGAACGUUGUCAACUACAUUGAAUCCUACUUGGUUGAAGCUGAUGAUCUCUGGGUUGUCAUGGACUAUUUAGAAGGAGGAAAUUUGACUGACGUAGUUGUCAAGACUGAAUUAGACGAAGGUCAAAUUGCUGCUGUGCUGAAAGAAUGUCUGAAAGCUCUCAACUUCCUUCACAGUCAUUCAAUUGUACAUAGAGACAUCAAGAGUGACAACGUUUUAUUGGGAAUGAAUGGAGAAGUCAAGUUGACGGAUAUGGGAUUCUGUGCUCAGAUACAACCUGGCUCCAAGAGGGACACUGUGGUUGGAACUCCCUACUGGAUGGCUCCUGAAAUUUUGAAAAAGAGAAAAUAUAACUAUAAAGUAGAUAUCUGGUCAUUGGGUAUAAUGGCUUUAGAAAUGAUUGAUGGGGAACCGCCAUAUCUUCAUGAAACCCCAAUCAAAGCCAUAUAUCUAAUUGCUCAAAAUGGCAAACCUGAAAUAAAGAGGAGAAAUGACUUAUCGAAGGAUUUCGUAGAUUUCUUAGAUGCUUGUCUGGUUGUGGAACCAGAACAGAGAGCUGACGCCCAAUUCUUAUUGGAUCAUCCAUUCAUCAAACAAGCCAAGCCCUUAAGUAGUUUAGUUUCAUACAUCAAAGCUGUGAAAGAUUUGAAAGACAAGGGCAAGUAG